AUGGAGCAAUGUGUGAUGAGAUUGGAUAUUGCUAUGUUCAAUGCUAUCCUUCGUGAAUCUGCUGACGAGAUUCCUACAGAUCCUGUAUCUGACCCCAUUAGUGAUGCCAAGGUUCUUCCUAUUCCAGCAGGGAAAGCGAGCUUUGGGGCUGGCGCACUACUGAAAAAUGCGAUUGGGAACUGGUCGCGAUGGCUUACUGACUUAUUUGGUAUCGAGGAUGAUGACUCUCUUGAAGAUGAGGAUGGCCCUGAUAAUACUGAUGCUGAUGAGACAAAAGAAUGUGAUACAUCCUUCAAGUCUUUUCAUCUUCUCAAUGCAUUGAGUGACCUCAUGAUGCUUCCAAAGGAUAUGCUCUUAAGUAGGUCAAUCAGAAAAGAGGUGUGUCCUACAUUUGGUGCACCAUUGAUAAGGAGGGUUCUUAGCACUUUCGUGCCGGACGAAUUUUGCCCAGAUCCUAUUCCUGAAGUUGUGCUUGAAGCCUUGAAUUCGGAGGAUCCAUUUGAAGCUGAGGAAACUUCAGUUAUAAACUUCCCGUGCGCUGCUGCCCCCCUAGCUUAUCGGCCACCUUCAGGAGCUUCACUUGCAGGUAUCUUGGGAGAUAUUGGAAGCCAGACUCAACUGACGAGAAGCCGGUCUUCAGUUCUCAAGAAGUCAUAUACUAGUGAUGAUGAGCUUGAUGAAUUGGAUUCACCCUUGACUUCUAUAACGUUUGACAAGUUCCAGCCAUCACCUACUUCAACAAAAUCCAGUUGGAUAUCAAAGGAAAAUGGUAGCCGUAAUGCUGUCAGGUAUCAACUUCUUCGGGAGGUAUGGAUAAAUAGUGAGUGA